AUAUCAGCUGAUAGGGCGGUGAAACACAUCUCCGAGCUCAGAAUUCAAAAUAAAAGGCGUCUCUCGACGCCACUCUUGCAGCAGUUGUGUUCAGCUUCUAAGGCCCAAACAAGAAAGUUUCCCUUCCGGAGCCAUCCUACCUGCCCGGUUUCGCCCACCACUGCCCAUUUGUGCCGAGGACUGUCCGUGCACCUGUCUGAUUUUUAUGCAACAAUUCUGUUGUUUUGGCUUUGUUCACUGCGGCCAUUUCACGUUCUCACCUCAGGCGAAGGUCUAGAUCCUCUCAGACCUUCAGUGAUUAGUGGCACAGAGAAAAGUGUCCCGUGUAUUUCAGGUGCAGCUGUAUUACGAGUGGUGUUCGCGCGUGUCCAUAUAACCAUCAAGUUAUUGCUUAGCCUGUCCCAUAUUGACAGUGUUGAGGAGUGCUAAACCAUACGGUCCCAAGAUAUUCUCUCACCUCAAUAUACCCUCAUUGACUGGUCAGUAGGCCUGGGCUGUUUGCUCUCAUCUAACCAGAGUAGGAAGUAGUGAGAAAAUGCAGUGGCUGAACGUGACACCAACCCUCUACUGGCUGCGAUGCACCAUUCUGCUGGCUAUGCUUCAACUCCAGUCAGGCAUGGCAGGGAACAGUAAAUGGCGUCAAAUGCUUGACCACCAGCGCAGCAGGGACCCAGUACCGGUCACUAGUAGAUUAUCUCUGUCUUGUGCCCAGUGCCAGCGACACCUCAACCAGCAACCAGGCUCCGAGGAGGGCUGCCGCCAGCGGGGAUGGUUAAAACCUUUCUUCUACGGCGCUGCAGCUGGUCUGGGCACUGAAGCAGGCAGCACUGCAGCGGCGGGAAGCGGCAACUGUUCGUGCGGCUGCACAAUGUGCGCUGCCAGUGCUCCUAGAUGCGAUCCUACGUCCACAUGCGUCCUAGGCGCACCAUUCCGCAGUCCCAUGGACAAGUGGACGUGUUGUCGACCUUGUCUGGAGGAGAGCUCCGCAAGGUGCCUGUUUGCCAAGUGUGAUCCCAUCCAGGAUUGCGCGGAGCUUGAGCGUGUUAGGGGCCACUGCUGCCCCAGAUGCAAGCGCCCCGUGUCCUCCUGCCCCGGGGUGAAAUGUCCCCGACAGAGAUUCUGCGUCAAAUAUCACCAGGUCGCGCCCGGUCAAUGCUGCGCAAAGUGCCGCAAGUUCAAUCGGUCGAAGAAAGUUGCAGGUGUGUGUACAGGUGUGAGGUGUGGCAAGGGCCAGCUUUGCGUUCCCAAACUGGAUGGCUCGGGACCGACGUGUCGCUGUCGACUGAAGUGCAAGACGGCAGAGAGCAAGGUCUGUGGAACUGAUGGCAGAGAGUAUCGCAACAGCUGUGAAAUGCACCGGCAAGCUUGCCUCCAUGCCAGGAAACUGCGCGUGUACACCGCUGGCCCAUGCAAGAAUACUACCUAGUACCCUGACAUAGCCCUCAACUACUUCAGUAGUCAAUUCUACAAACACAGCAAGUCUUCUAUCUAUUGGCCACCCACAACAGGGAUGUGCUUCUCUGCGUUUCUGAGACUAUAGUCUUCUUUACGAUAUUUCCCCUUUCCAAUUCAGAAUUUCCGGGACAUUCUCUCUUUCAGCUCCUACCCCAUACUUUUCAUGCUACAGACGCAGUGCUGCACAUGUAAACAAAUUCUUGAGAUCUCGACACAUUUCAGGGCAGAAGAGCAGUAACGCACGGCAGCAAUUGAAAUACACACACACACACACACACACACACACACACACACACACACACACAUACACACACCGAUUUCAUACAACCCAUACUUCACAAUUGUAUUCGCACAGCCGCGGCAUGCACUAGGUUUCUCGUGGCACUCCCGGGCGGCCAUGGAAAUAACAUCGCCGCCGAGCAAGCCUGAUGUGAAGCUCUACACUAUACAAACGGAUACUUUGCUGGCUUCUCACCUGCCAAGGUGUAUCACCCGCCAAGGUGUAUGCUCGGCUCACAUAAAAUUCAGCUGUAAUUACACGAAUACAGCACUUGUAUUUAUAAAUUUGAAUAGCGUUGACAC